CAUAAUUUAUUUCUGUCAGGUUAUCAAUCAUGGUGACAUGAAAACCAACUAAUAUAGAACCCUAAUGCAGAAAACAGAACCGUGCUCCAGCCACUUGGCUUUCCCUCCCCACACAAAGAUUCUUGAAGCUCCUCCACAGAGCAUAGGCUAAAAAUCCAGAACCCCAAAUCCACCCUUUAUUUGAGAGUAGAAUCCUUUCUGCAGUGACCUGUGUGGAUAUUUUGCUAAAGGGUACCCUGUGAAUCCACACAGAGCCCAACAGAAGACUUCCCAUCCCAUCAAUGAUUGUUACUCUUCUAUUAGAAAUCUGCCUCCAGGUCACUCCAUCCCUCUCUCCUCUGAAGCUGCAAAGGAUGGCAAGUCUCUUCUAACUUCCCCUGCGUGCCUUGGGACUGUUUGGGAAAUUAUUACGCAGGUAAGGUUGCCUCUGAAGGAAGACAGAAUAAACUGCACAAAGAUCUGACUCAUCCCUAGCAGGCAUCCUCUGACAAGCCCACUCUCUGAGUAGGCAUACCAAGAGAAGGAUUGUGAGAAGGCAUGCUCAGUUUUCCUCUGAGAUCUCAAAGUGAAGAUCAAGACCCCAGCCUUACCCCUGGCCUGAUCUUUGCUUUUUUGGCUGGUAUUUGUGGAUAACCUGACAAGGGGCUAGGGCCUCUCCCACUCAACAGGUUACACUUGCUGUGAGGUGGCCAUUUUGCCUUUAAUGACUUGACUGUGUUCCAUCCUUGACCUUGCUCGGUACAGCAAUCACAUGAUCAGAUAUGAGGGCUUGGGGUUAAUGUGUUCUAGUCUUUGUCAAAGAACAGAUGACUUACAGAACACAGCCCCUAAGACUCACUGAGGCACUAUGCAAUGCACAAUUCUAGUCCCAUGAGACCAUGGCCCUAAGCCUAGCCCUGACCUGUGACAGCACUUUAACUUAGGACUUGUUCUCUGCUAUUUAGUUUUCGUUCCUUCUCGACACAGUAUCUGACAUUUUAUGGUAGGUUUAGUAAAUGCUUGUCUUUCCCAUUAAACUGCCUGCUGCUUUGUGCAGCCUGGCAAUAGAAUGGAAAGCUGAGAUUGCUACUUUGCACAUCCGGUGGACUCGAAGAUGUUUAGCAUUUGACGAGUUGUUCACUCACCUUCCUCAGAAGAAAACAGCUAAGCCAUCAUUCCAUACCUGGCUGAGACAGACCAUUUUGUCCCCCUUUCUAAUUCCAUGCUGAUGUAACAGCAAGAUAUCCAAGCACCAGAGGCUGGCAGCAUCCAGCCUGGAGAGGAUCCAGAAACUGUCUGUUGAGUGAGUGGGUAAGUAGGGUAAGACACAGGGGGAGCAUCCAAGAAACAGGACCCCCACAUGAUCUGUGGCCAUUGCAGUUUGGAGGAGCUGUGAACCACAUUGGUGGCUUGUUGCAAGGAAGGGACAUUUGUGUUCACAGCCCUUUGGGGAGAAGACAGAGAAUACAGGUGGCCAAGGAUAGUUUAGCCAGGGGGAAGAGUAGGUAACACACAGGCUUUGAACACAGAAGAAUCUGGGUUGGGAUCCAGCUCUUCCAUUCACUGAUUGUGUACCCUUUGGUAAGAAUGCCAAGCUUUCAGCUGCAAACCAGGGGCCUAGGACACAGGGCUGGAUUGAAUAGAGAAGUGCAAGUUAGACAUCCUCUCAGGAGAUUGGAGCAUGAACUAUCGCUGUCUUUGGAAUGGGCUCAGUGGUGCAGUCAUCCAGUGGAGCAGGAUACCUGGAGGCAGACAGCAGAGAGCAGAGAUGGGAAGUCUGUUUAUCUCUUCUUUCCUUCCUGCAGGACAGGUUCAGGAAACUGCAGGGGCAGUUAGAAAUGUCUGCCCUGAAGCUUCCUCCCGAGGUACUUCUAAAACAUGAUGGAGGUUGCCAGUAACUGUGAAGACCUCGUGGCUCCUUUGUAGAUCACCGGCUCUAAGGACUCCUGAUGGCAGCAGGGACUAUCUGGAAGGGAUGCCCUUACUGAACUGGCACUCGCUGGCACCUCAUGAGCUGCUGUCUUUGCUUUGUUAUGUUUGCAGUAGUAGGAAUCAAACCCAGGGACUUGCCUAUCCUAGGCCAACACUCUACCCCUUUGUCUUCUUUCAUUUUGAGUAAAGCAUUCUAAGCUUUGAGCCGGGCAGCAGCAGAAUCAGAAUCUUCCUACCUUCAGCACCUCUGAAGUAAAUGCCUGCUGCUCACCUAGGCUUAACAUAGCAACUUGGAGCUGGCAGCUUAGCUCAUCAGAUUCUCCUAAGAAGCAUCUAACCAUGCCUGAGUCUUGCCCUCCGGGAGUGUGGCAGAAUUCUCCAGGAGUAUGAUCGCCAUUACAGGGAUAGCUAGGGGUGAAAAUGAACUAACAGCUAGUACAUGAGUUUCCAGUGACUUCUCCCUCCCUCCCAUCCUCCCUCUUCUCCUCCCUUUCUUUCUUCCUCCUCCUCUUCCUUUCUCUUUUUCCUUGUUCUCUCCUUUCCAGUACAGGGGGUUAAAAAGUAGGGCAUUGGGUAUAUUAAGCAAGUGCUUUAUAAUUGAACCAUACCCCAAGCGCCCCCAGCCCCACCCCUUAUAAUAUUAUUUUGAAAUAAUAUUUCAUGUAUCUCAGACUGGCCUUGAAUACAGUGGAAGAUGACCUUGAACUUCUUGACCCUCUUGUCUCUGCCUCCUGAGAGAUGUGAUUUCCACACCCACCCUUCCAUGGUAUGAUCAAACCCAGGGUUUUAUGUACACGAAGCAAGUACUCUACCAAUGAGAUGCAUUACUUAGGUUUUAGUUGUUUUCUGGGACAGGGCUUCUCUGUAUGACAGCUCUGGCUGUCCUGUAACUCCGUCUAUAGGCCAGGCUGGCCUUAUACUCACCGACAUCCUCCUGCUUCUGCUUCCCAAGUGCUGGAAUUACCUUUUUGUGCUUGAUUUUGAUAUAAGAUCUCACUAAGUUGCUGGGACUAAAUUUGAACCCCCUCUGUAGCUCAGCCUGGCCUUGAUCUUGCAAGUCUUUCUUGCCUUCAUUUACCUAGCAAUUGAGAUUGCAGUGUCUCUGCUCUCAAAUUCAUUAGGUUCCUUUCUUUUCUUGGAAGGAAUUCUGUAGAAGGAAUUAAAUUUGUAAAUCCAGGUGUGGUUAUUAAGACCUAUAGUUUUGUCUUGAGCUUGCAGAUUUUUAGGACAAUUGUACCCGUGGAGACAGGAAUCGAAUCCUUUGUUCAAAUUUCUGUAGGCCACACAGGUUGGGGAGGCAAAAGGCUCCAAGGAAGCUUUCUGUCUGAACCUUCCUGCAGUUUGCGCUUACUCGGAUCCUGUUCAUCUGUCUCUAAAUGCUGGAUCCAGCUCUUUGACUUUCUGCAUCCAUCUGCAGCUCUCUCCUCCUGCAUCUAUAGUGUCCCUUGAAAUAUAAGAGGAAGGGAGAAAGAGCUGCUCCUGAAGUUCCCGCUCUCCACCUUGGAAUCCUUUGGAGGACAGCAACCUCUCCCACACUUCUUUUCCUAUCCUCUCCCAUCGAAACUAAAAGCACGUCUUUGGAACUUCUCUGGAACUUUCUCCAACUGCCUCCCCAACAGCCAACUGCUUCCCCUGUCCUGUGCUCCCUCUGCAAACAUUCUCUAAGAAUUAUAGGUCUUCAAUACCGGUUAAUCUUCAUCCCAUUAGACAAAUACAGUGAGGGUACCCUGAAGGGACCUCUGUCAGCUUCAAAACGGAUCAAGAUCCCCCAGGAGAGGGCGGAGGCAAUCCAAUAUAUAAUGCCUUAGGCCGGUCGCCAAGGGCUGUGACAAUGAAGCUGGUUGCAGCAGCAUUUGGCUUGAGCCUCCUUGUAGCCGGCCUGUGGGUGGGCCUCUCAUUGACAUCAAACUCAGACGGAGGAGGGAAACCUGGAGGAGGUGGAGGAGGUGGAGGAGGAAGAGGAUGUUUUCUCCCACCAUUGCCAAAAGAAGAUGUUUCACUAUGCAGGAACCUUGAAGUUUUCUACAUGGAGAUGGGGAACAUCAGCUGUAAAGUUGUUCCUAAGUGUAAUCAGUACAGACGGAAGAUCAUGACGUGGCAGUCGCCGAUAGUCAAGUUCCACGGGGCUUUGGACGGUGCACAGUAUCUGCUGGUGAUGGUGGAUCCAGAUGCCCCCAGCAGGUCUAAUCCCAGGAUGAAAUACUGGAGACACUGGGUGGUGUCCAACAUCACAGGCACUGACAUGAAAAGCGGGAGCAUCCGUGGCAAUAUAAUAACAGACUACCAGCCUCCUACCCCACCGCCGACCACUGGUCUACACCGCUACCAGUUCUUUGUCUACCUUCAGGGAGACAGAGACAUUUCUAUCCCAGAAAGUGAAAACGAAAACCGAGGUGCUUGGAAACUGGACAAAUUUCUGCAGCAGUACGGGCUGCAAGAUCCUGACACAAGCACCCAGUUCAUGACUCAGUUUGAUGGGGAACUGCCACCAGAUUUUGGUAGCAUUAACGACGGCCAAGACCAACCCGAUCAAAGAUAACUACUGUCCACUGAACUGAAACUUUUACCUUCCAGAUGUGUGCUCAUGUCGUAUCAUCCACUACAGAUGGUCUGGGGAUAGAAUCUCCUCUUGGCAUCUUCCAAAUAAAAAUAAAUAAAUCAA